CAUUCUUUUCAAAUUAUUUUACAGGAUCCUUCAAACCAAAAAUGCGGUGGGAGAAAGAAAACGGUGUCAUUCAGCAGCAUGCCAUCGGAAAAGAAAAUUAGCAGUGCGCAUGACUGCAUCAGCUUCAUGCAGGCCGGCUGCGAGCUGAAGAAAGUCCGGGCAAAUUCUCGCAUUUACAACCGUUUUUUCACUCUGGACACAGACCUCCAAGCUCUUCGCUGGGAGCCAUCUAAGAAAGACCUUGAGAAAGCAAAGCUUGAUAUCACGGCCAUCAAAGAGAUCCGACUGGGGAAGAACACGGAGACAUUCAGAAACAAUGGCCUUGCUGACCAGAUUUGCGAGGACUGUGCCUUUUCCAUACUCCACGGGGAAAACUAUGAGUCUCUGGACCUAGUCGCCAAUUCAGCAGAUGUGGCAAACAUCUGGGUGUCUGGGUUACGGUACCUGGUUUCUCGCAGUAGGCAGCCCCUUGACUUCAUGGAGGGCAACCAGAACACACCACGGUUCAUGUGGUUGAAAACAGUGUUUGAAGCAGCAGAUGUUGAUGGGAAUGGGGUUAUGUUGGAAGACACUUCUGUAGAGUUAAUAAAACAACUCAACCCUACCCUGAAGGAGUCCAAGAUCAGGUUAAAGUUUAAAGAAAUCCAGAAGAGCAAAGAAAAGCUAACUACCAGAGUGACAGAAGAGGAAUUUUGCGAAGCGUUUUGUGAACUUUGCACCAGGCCAGAAGUGUAUUUCUUACUUGUCCAGAUCUCUAAAAACAAAGAAUACUUAGAUGCCAAUGAUCUCAGGCUUUUUUUAGAAGCUGAGCAAGGAGUCACCCACAUCACUGAGGACAUGUGCUUGGACAUCAUUAGGAGACACGAACUUUCUGAGGAAGGGCGUCAAAAAGGGUUUCUGGCAAUUGAUGGCUUUACUCAGUAUUUAUUGUCACCAGAAUGUGACAUUUUUGAUCCUGAGCAAAAGAAGGUUGCUCAGGAUAUGACCCAGCCCUUAUGUCACUACUAUAUCAAUGCCUCUCAUAAUACCUAUCUAACAGAAGACCAGUUCAGAGGACCAGCUGACAUCAGUGGUUUUGUGAGGGCUUUGAAAAUGGGCUGUCGUAGCCUGGAACUUGACGUGAGUGACGGUUCAGAUAGUGAGCCAAUCCUUUGCAACAGAAAUAACAUGACAACACACCUUUCCUUUCGAAGUGUCAUAGAGGUGAUUGAUAAGUUUGCCUUUGUUGCUUCUGAGUACCCACUCAUUCUUUGCUUGGGGACUCACUGCUCCCUACCACAGCAAAAGGUCAUGGUUCAGCAGAUGAAAAAAGUCUUCGGCAAUAAACUCUAUACUGAAGCACCUUUGCCAUCAGAAUCCUACCUCCCGUCACCUGAAAAAUUAAAAAGAAUGAUCAUUGUGAAAGGUAAGAAAUUGCCUUCUGAUUCAGAUGUAUUAGAAGGAGAAGUAACAGAUGAAGAUGAAGAGGCUGAAAUGUCUCGAAGGAUGUCAGCAGAUUACAAUGGUGAGCAGAAACACAUUUGGCUCUGUAGGGAGCUCUCUGAUUUGGUAUCUAUUUGUAAAUCUGUUCAGUACAGAGAUUUUGAACUGUCUAUGAAAAGCCAAAACUAUUGGGAAAUUUGUUCGUUUAGUGAAACAGAGGCUAGCCGAAUUGCAAAUGAAUAUCCAGAGGAUUUUGUAAAUUAUAAUAAGAAGUUCUUAUCAAGGAUCUAUCCAAGUGCCAUGCGGAUUGAUUCCAGUAACUUGAAUCCACAAGAUUUUUGGAAUUGUGGCUGCCAGAUUGUGGCAAUGAAUUUUCAGACUCCAGGUCCCAUGAUGGAUCUUCACACUGGCUGGUUUCUUCAAAAUGGAGGAUGUGGUUAUGUUCUAAGACCAUCUAUCAUGCGAGAUGAAGUUUCUUACUUUAGUGCAAAUACAAAGGGCAUUGUUCCCGGGGUGUCUCCUUUGGCUCUUCACAUCAAGAUCAUCAGUGGCCAGAAUUUCCCAAAGCCCAAGGGAGCUUGUGCCAAAGGGGAUGUCAUAGAUCCCUAUGUCUGUAUAGAGAUACAUGGAAUUCCAGCCGACUGUUCUGAACAAAGAACUAAAACUGUACAGCAAAACAGUGAUAAUCCUAUUUUUGAUGAAACUUUCGAGUUUCAAGUAAACCUUCCUGAGCUGGCCAUGAUCCGUUUUGUUGUUCUGGAUGAUGACUGCAUCGGUGACGAGUUUAUAGGACAGUACACAAUACCCUUUGAAUGCUUGCAGCCUGGAUAUCGGCAUGUGCCCCUCCGCUCCUUUGUGGGUGACAUCAUGGAGCAUGUGACCCUUUUUGUCCACAUAGCAAUAACCAAUCGAAGUGGAGGAGGAAAGGCACAGAAGCGCAGCCUUUCAGUGAGAAUGGGGAAGAAAGUUCGGGAGUACACCAUGCUUAGGAAUAUCGGUCUUAAAACCGUAGAUGACAUCUUCAAAAUAGCAGUUCAUCCCUUACGAGAAGCCAUAGAUAUGAGAGAAAACAUGCAGAACACCAUAGUGUCUAUUAAGGAGCUGUGUGGACUCCCUCCGAUUGCCAGUCUGAAGCAGUGCCUGUUAACCCUGUCCUCACGUCUCAUCACCAGUGACAAUGCUCCAUCAGUCUCUCUUGUGAUGAAAGAUGGUUUUCCUUGCCUGGAGCCUCUGGGUGCCAUUCCAGAUGUGCAGAAGAAGAUGCUGGCUGCUUAUGAUCUG